AUGGGUAUCGACCUCACCCUUUCCCGGGUCAUCAGGCUGAUCCCUUCUUCCAGUCUCGCGUGGCGAGCACUCCAUGUCGCGGGCACCAAUGGCAAGGGUUCCGUUUGCGCAUAUCUCUCUUCCGCCUUGACUUCCAGCGGCAUCCGGACCGGCCGAUUCACAUCACCACAUUUGGUCGAUAGAUGGGAUUCUAUUGCCCUCAAUGACAAGACAAUCGACUCGACACUCUUCCACGAAACCGAGGCCCUCGUUAAAAAACGGAAUCAGGAUGGAAAUAUUGGAGCUACGGAGUUUGAGCUUUUGACUGCGACCGCUUUUGAGAUUUUUAGCAAGGAAAAGGUGGAGCUAGCUGUUGUCGAGGUCGGGCUUGGAGGGAGACUCGAUGCGACAAAUCUUAUCAAAGAUCCGCUCGUUACGGUUUUGACGAAGGUUGGGAUGGAUCAUGUUGAAUUCCUAGGAGAUACGGUUGAAAAGAUCGCAAGGGAGAAAGCUGGGAUCAUGAAGCCUGGUGCACCUUGUGUGGUAGAUGCUUCCAAUGUUGAGGGUGUCCUGAAUGUUAUCAAUGAAGUGAAGGAAGAAGUUGGUGCUGGCGAGGUUAUCCUUGCCGCCCCAGAGGUUGACGACGUUGAAGAUGUCCCUCCUAGUGGUGAUGCUCCGGCCCCCCUGCCAACCACGACCCCAAGUCCCGUCAAGAUCAAGACACCAAUAUUUGGAUUACAGUCUUACGCUCCUUCGUUACUUGGAAAAUAUCAGCACUCAAACCUCGCCUGUGCUAUUCACGCACUCUCGGUAGCUGCAAAGACAUACCCACAUAUUACAGCCGAAACAGUCAAGAAGGGUGUAUCGGAAGCCAAGAAUCCUGGAAGACUACAAUGGAUUACGGUUAAGUCGUCGAUAGGCAAGAAGCAGGAGAUGAUCAUCGAUGGUGCACACAAUUCCGAGGCAGCCGUAGCUCUCGGGCAGUUUGUGGACGAGAACCUAAGGGCAAGGAUUCAACAGCGAAACGUCACCUGGGUUGUUGGUAUCAGCCAUGGCAAAGACGUAUCGGCUAUCCUUGGGGAAUUUUUGAAAGAGGGCGACGUCGUCAGCACCGUCGAAUUCGGGCCAGUCGAUGGAAUGCCCUGGGUCAAGGCGGAGGAGUCUGCCCUGGUCGCCAAGGAGGCUGAGAAAUUAGUUGGCCCCAAGGGAUUAGUAAGAAGCUGGGGAUCUGACUUGAAGGGAGCCGUUCAGUGGAGUUGUGAAGUUGGCUGUGAAGGCCCGAUUGUGAUUGCUGGAAGCUUAUAUCUUGCUGGUGAUGUGACAAGGUUAAGCAAGAUCUUGUAA